GAAAGCGCGGCGCGGUGCAUUGUGGGGCGGGGCCGCGCGGCGCGGUUGUUUCCCGUGGCACCGGCUGUGCUGUGCGGGAACUCAGAAUGGCGGAGAGACCGGAGGAUCUCAACCUGCCCAACGCCGUCAUCACCCGCAUCAUCAAAGAGGCGCUGCCUGAUGGGGUGAACAUAUCCAAAGAAGCUCGGAGCGCGAUAUCUCGAGCAGCAAGUGUGUUUGUGCUCUAUGCAACGUCAUGUGCAAAUAACUUUGCCAUGAAGGGGAAGAGGAAAACGCUGAAUGCUGGUGAUGUUCUCUCUGCCAUGGAGGAAAUGGAGUUUCAGCGAUUUAUAGCCCCUUUGAAAGAGUCCCUGGAAGUUUACAGACGUGAACAGAAGGGAAAGAAAGAAGCGAGGAAAGAUAAAGACAAAAAGGCAGACUCAGAGGAACAAGAUAAGAGCCGAGAAGAUGAUAAUGAUGAUGAUGAUGAAAGGAUGGAGGACGAAGAGCAAAAUGAUGAGGAAGAGGUGGACAACUGAGCUUGCCAAUGGGACAUACGGGGUUGGGUUUUUGUUACUAGGAUAUAAAUGUUGUGAAGAAAUCUUGCUGUGUUCCCUCUGGUUUCCAGUAGAGCUCUUUACUGUUCUUCUGGAAUCUCUCUUUGGCUUUAGCAUGUACACAAAGGACUUGGCUAAAGCGUUUCUUAUGGGUGCCUCACCUCCUCCCUGCACGCAGGGGACUUGGCAGCUUCCCCAGGUGCUGAACAGACAGUAAUGGGUCUGGUAUUUUUAUGCUGGAUUGACUCUGAAACAAAGGGAAAGAAGAGAAAUGUCAGAUGGCUCAGUACAGUAAUGACCUGGAGAACUGAAAAAACUUUUGAAUAAGCUCAUUAAACCAAGCGAAGAUCCGAAUCCUGGUUCAUUAACCCUUUGGGGUUUAGAGUCUACAUGAUGAUGUUAAAAGCCUUAGAAGCUGACAGUUUAAGCUUUUUAUCCAAGUGAUGUUUUUUCCUUCAUUUUCUUGCAUUCUGGCUGUGCCUUCUCUUUCCUGCUCUUUCACAGUGAUACUGCCAGUUUCACCAGCUGUAUGCAGCACACCUGUACAAGGGCCAGUGGUCCUCUGAACUGAAUUCUUCCCCUAAAUGAACCAGAAUUAAAAAAAAAAAAAAAAAGGCUUCAUAGCACUUAGAAAGUAAACUAAUUACCAGAAGUGCUUGUUUUGUGUCUUUAAAGCCCUCAGAGACAAAGAGGGAUUUUUAUGAAAAAUCUGAAGAAAGGCUAACUGAAAAAAUUGUGUCUGAGGAACAAGAAGAAGCUGUGUCAAGUGGAACGUGUGCUGCAGCUCAGCAGUGGGCAGCAGUGGCUCUGAUGGUCUCAGCUCCUUUCCCUCCUCUGCGGAGCUGCAGUUCCUGCAGACAGGUUGGUGAUUGCUGCAAGUGUUAGAAUAGUGGUGGCUUUGGGGUUGGGUGGUUUUCUGAAUUACUUUUUAAGUCACUCAAGGUGUGUGUCCUUGUGGUGCUGUGGGCUCCAGGGAGGCAGGGAGGGCAGCACAGUCCUGUGUGGGAAGGCCAGCUUCAAACCUGUGCUGUUAAAAUGGCCUCUGUGAGAAAGAUGGGGUGAAACCAGCUGAAAAACUACCUGUUAGAAUAAGCUUAUUUUUUGGACACAGUGCUUUAUUAUGUGACUGACCUUUUUCGAGACUAAUAAACCUAACAUUUAGACUUAACUGGGGUCUGGUAAAGGAAACAUGAGGAAAAGGUUAGAAACCUUAUAAACAAAUCCAUCAGUUUGGCUGAUGUGCAGUAUAAACAAACACGAGCACUUGGGAGGAGCAGCGCGUCCCUUCGUGUUCUGGAAAGGCGCUGCAGGGCCGCCCUGCCUUUGCCAUUUCUGUGGCACAGUGACUCCACAGGCCCUCAGCGCCCAAAAAGAGCUGAACCAACGAGGUGCUGCUGGCUGCCUUCUGCUGGAGGCAGUGGCAGAUGAAAGGACUGCUUUUUUUGGUGAUGUCUUCCCAAGAUCUCAAGAACAAAAACAGCUGUCCUUCUAGGUUUGGGGGUUUUAUUACGUUUGGUUUUGUGGUUUGUUUUUUUUUUUUAAGUUUUCUAGUAUGUAUUUGGGACGUGUAUUCCGCCAGGGACCAGUAUUUAAAUAAAAGCUAAAUUCUUUACACAACUUGAAUCUUUGAUUGCUGUUUCCAGUGGCUGAAGUGCACGUCUGAGCACGCAGCAGCAGCAGCCACGGCCCUGCGUGCGGUGCGGGCGCGGG